CCGAACGCUGCGGGCGGCCGUGGUGGUGUAGCCAUGGAGCCGAGUGUGGAGGAGCUAAUGCCGCGGCUGCUGCCCGUGGAUGACUGUGACUUGGCUGAGGACUUCGACCCCACGGUGCCUCCCAGGACACCCCAGGAGUAUCUGAAGCGCGUCCAGAUUGAAGCAGCUCGAUGCCCAGAUGUGGUAGUGGCGCAAAUAGACCCCAGAAAAUUGAGAAAAAAGCAGACAGUAAACAUUUCAAUUUCCAGAUGUCAGCCUGCUCCUGAAGGAUAUUCUCCAACACUGAAAUGGCAACAGCAGCAAGUGGCCAAUUUCUCAGCUGUUCGUCAGAGCCUGACCAAGCACAGAAAUCACUGGCGGUCACAACAUUUGGACAGCAACGUCAGCAUGCCAAAAUCAGAGGAUGAAGAAGGCUGGAAGAAGUUCUGCCUGGGUGAAAGAGUAUACUCAGAAAUAGAUGCACUAUCUGAUAAUGAAAAUCUAGGAGUCAAUUACGUAAAGGUGGGCUUUCCUCCUUUGCUGAGUAUUGUAAGCAGAAUGAAUCAGGCAACAGUAACCAGUGUCUUAGAAUACCUGAUAAGCUGGUUUGGAGAGAAAAAAUUUACUCCAGAACUGGGUAGAUGGCUUUAUGCACUGUUGGCCUGCCUUGAAAAACCUUUGCUACCUGAAGCUCACUCCCUUAUUCGACAGCUGGCAAGAAGAUGCUCAGAAGUCAGAGUACUAGAGGAGAACAAGAAUGCAGAACAGAUAUCAGCACUGAACUUGAUAAUCUGCUUAGUUAGCAGGUACUUUGAUCAACGCGACUUGGCUGAUGAGCCUUCCUAGACUGUUUCGAGACUACAAAGUAUUGUGCAG